GAAUCUUUUUUCUCCCAAAUAUUUCAAAUCCCAAUAAUGAAAUCCCCCUCACUCUGACAAAUUUUAACCUUUUGCGUAAUUUUCUCUGGACCUUUCAUAACCAUACGCAAACACAAUCCAAACGCAUCUCAUUAAUUUUUCCCUCGGCAUUUCAUUUCUUUUUUUUUUUCUAACCCCAUCUUCUUCUCCUCUUAACAAAAUGGCCUAAUGGGGUUUGCCUUUGUUGCUUUGUUUUUGCUCGAUCUUGAAAGCAUUCUCAAUUUGGCUACAUGGGUUUGCUUCUGCUGUUCUUGAUAGUCUAAACUACCAGUCAGGCUCAAGUGAACUUCAAACUUCUUCGGUUGGCUCUUCUUCUUCUUUCCCAUCUACCCAUUUACAUUUUCUCUCACUUUCUCUCUCAACAAACACUAGUCUUCCCCUCUCUCAUAGUCCAAGAGUCCAACACAAAGUUCACAGUUCAAAGUUCAAAACUUUGGACAUUUUCUCUCACUUUCUCUCUUGCCAAACACAAAGUUUAAACCUUAAGUCUUUUUGGUCACUUUCUCUUUCAACAAACAUUAUGAAACCACGGUUUGUCUUUCAAUGACAUGGCUUUUUAGGUUGAUUAAUAGCCCCAAGAGUUAAAGCAAUACUUCAAAGUUUAAAGCUUUAGUCUUUUAAGGCAAACAAUUUUCUUUUUUCCUUCGGACAUUUUCUGUCACUCUCUCUCCUACCAAACACAAAGUUGAAGAGAAUAUAGUUUAAAGUUCAAACCUUUAGUAAUUUAACUCAUAAAACAAGCAAUGCCCGCCACUAUUGCCACCACUCUCGUUUUUAUUCUCAUCUCUCUUGUCUCCGCCACCGCCGGCAACCAUGACCACCGCCGUCACCUCCUGCACCAACCGUUCUUCCCGGUAACAACAACUGCUGUUGCUCCCACGCAACCCCCCUCACUUUCUCCACAAUAUCAGUUAAGUCCCCAACAACAAACCCAACCCAAGUACCCAUUUUCAACAACACCCCCAAACCUUUCAAACAAACCAUUUUUCCCCUCCUUUCCUUCGCCUCCUACACCGCCGCCUCCCUCCAUUCUCUCCACCUUUCCCGCCAACAUCUCCUCCCUCCUCUUCCCCCACCCUCGCUCCUCCUCGGCCCACCGCCACGUCAUCGUCCUCGCUGUGUCUCUCUCCCUCCUCUCCGUUGCCAUUCUCAUGGCUGUUGGCGCCACCGUCCUCUACGUCCGCAGUAGACACCGCCCUGGAAAAACUUCAACUUCCGACAGCCAACGUCUUUUCCCGCCAAAUCUGGACCCGUCGGACGGUACCCAGAAAGCCACCGUGCAACGCCAACAACUCAGUGUCUCAACUUCAGACCCUCCAAGUACUUCUUCGGAGUUUCUUUAUCUGGGCACGUUAGUGAACGCUCGUUCACAAGAGCAUGAUGCUCCAACUGCUGCUGCAAAUUCAGGCCACGUGGCGUCCAAAAUUGGGGUAUCUUUAUCUUCUUUAUCUGUGUCUCCAUCUUCUUAUCAGAAACUCGGGUCGCCGGAGCUGAAGCCGUUGCCACCAUUGCCGAAACACAACCCUAGUUUCACCAGUGGGGAGAUGUGUUUCAGUAAAGAAGAUGUGAAAUGUGAAGCUGAAGAAGAAGACGAUGAAGAAGAAGAGUUUUUUUCGCCAAGAGGGUCUUCAGGGCGAAGAGAGAGUCCGGCUUUAGCUCGGGUCGGCUCAAGUUCAAGAAGGGAAAGUCAUCAUAAUCUUGAAAGUAGAAGCUUUAGUUCAAGAACGGCUUGGUAUCCUCGUUCAAAUUCUUUUUCGCCUUCAGAUUCUAUCACCAGUUCUUGUCACUCCCCGGUUUUGAAGGCGGCAAGGCUCGCUGAGAAUGUUGAUAAAGUUUCAGUCUUUUCGUCCUCUGCGUCGUCAAGAAGUGAUUCAGGAGAUUCCAGGAAUUCGCCUGAUAGAGUUUCGAGCUCUUCAAGGAAGAGUAAGCAAUCACCUUCAAUAAAUGGAAGUGAGUUCAGGCCAUUUGUUCCAGUUAAGCUGCCCCCACCGCCACCACCAAUGCCCCCACACCGGUUCUGGGAGGUUCCAGUGGCUCCUAGGACGAUUUCAGGACCUCCUGUUCAUGUGCCGCCUGCAAGGCCUGUUGUGAUGCAACGAUCUGCACCUAAUGAGAAGUCUUUGAAUGAGACUGUUGAGAAGAGUGAGGAGCCACCUAGGCCAAAGUUGAAGCCUUUGCAUUGGGAUAAGGUUAGGGCGAGUUCUGAUCGAGCAAUGGUGUGGGACCAGUUAAAAUCAAACUCGUUUCAAUUGAAUGAGGAAAUGAUUGAGACAUUGUUUAUGGUGAAUAACUCGGCUUUGAAUGCAAAAGAUAAUGGUUGGAAACAGGUUCUUCCAACUCAGAAUCAGGAGAAUCGGGUGCUUGAUCCAAAAAAAUCUCAAAAUAUUGCAAUUCUGCUUAGGGCACUCAAUGUUACCAUUGAUGAAGUGUGUGAAGCUCUUUUGGAAGGCAAUUCGGAUACGCUGGGCACAGAGCUCCUUGAAAGUUUAUUAAAGAUGGCUCCAACCAAAGAAGAAGAACGGAAAAUAAAAGAGUUCAAAGAUGAAUCGCCGUUUAAGUUAGGUCCUGCUGAAAAAUUUCUCAGGGCAGUGCUUGACGUGCCUUUUGCAUUUAAGAGGAUAGAUGCAAUGCUUUAUAUUGCUAAUUUCGACUCUGAAGUUGAGUACCUUAAAAGGUCUUUUGAAACCUUACAGGCAGCUAGUGAAGAGUUGAGGAAUAGCAGAAUGUUCCUGAAGCUUUUAGAAGCAGUGCUGAAAACUGGGAACCGCAUGAAUGUUGGCACUAACCGUGGAGAUGCACAAGCCUUCAAGCUUGACACACUGCUCAAGCUUGUAGAUGUUAAGGGAACUGAUGGGAAAACCACUCUCUUGCAUUUUGUUGUACAGGAAAUCAUCAGAGCUGAAGGUUCUCGUCUUUCUGGUGCCAAUCAGGAAAAAAAAGCAGAGAAAACACAGCAGUCUUCUUUCCAGGACGACGUUGAAUUUAGGAAGCUUGGCCUUCAGGUUGUUUCGAGUCUGUGUGGGGAGCUCACCAAUGUGAAAAAGGCUGCUGCUAUGGAUUCUGAUGUGCUUAGCAAUGAAGUUGGACAACUUGCUGUGGGAAUCGGAAAGAUUAUGGAAGUAGUGAAAUUAAAUGAAGAAAGUCUAACUAAAGAAAGCAGUCGAAAAUUUUCUGAGUCAAUGAAUGCCUUCUUGAAGAGAGCAGAACAGGAAAUUGUAAGUGUCCAAGCCCAAGAGAGUGUAGCUCUCGCUAUGGUAAAGGAAACAACCGAGUAUUUCCAUGGGAACUCAGCAAAGGAGGAAGCUCAUCCAUUCCGGACUUUCAUGGUUGUAAAGGACUUCCUUUCUGUCCUUGAUCAGGUAUGCAAGGAAGUUGGCAAGAUCAAUGAGAGAACAAUAUACAGUUCAGUCCGACCUAUGCCAGCAAAUUCGACAAUGCUGCCUGCUUUCCCUGUAGGCAGUGAAAGGCAACAUCAUGGUUCCUCAGACGAUGAAGGCUCAAUUUCAUCUUAGUUUAUGUUCUUUGCCCCAGGUGAUUCGGCACUUGUGUUGAAGCUCACCACGGUGCUUUCCAAGUAGAUGCCCUUUUUUGUGUACUUACAUAUUAUAUAAUAUAUAUAUAUAUUCUCAUACAGGAUUUUGGAAGUGUUUAUCUUGUGUAAUAUAGAAGCAGGGAAUCAUGUAAGGAAGUAAUAAGGUAGUAUUUGCCAGAUUGUAAAUCUGUCAGAAUCUGAAUCCAAGCUUCUGCAUUUGUGCAGUAAAAGAAGCAUCAGCAAUGGUUCCUAUU